UCAAAUCUGAUAUGAGAUGAAUUAUCAGUGAUUCAUAAGAUCAUGUCACUGUAACGAAUGUUGACUAACUUGUGUUAAAAAGUAUGUUGCCUUCUGGCAGGGUUCAGCCAGCCAACUCAUUUGGACACAGAACCACCUUACCAUGCAUGAGAAAUGGCAAUGAAUUUAGCUAAUCAUUUGUGAGGACAAACCUAGCUUGAUAUUACUAUUAAAACUUGUCAAUGUCAUCACAUGCAUGCUGCUCUGAAUUGCAGGAGAGGUCUUACUUCAGUCUUACCCACAGUAUGUCAGCUACAGAUGGAGGUGCGUGGCCUGCCUCCCACCUGACCAUCACUGUCCUUCAGGCACGGCGCCUUCGGCCCAAGAACCGCCAAGGUGGCAGCAACCCCUACGUACAGGUGCAGCUGGGCAACCACAGCUUCACCACACAGCAUGCAUGCAACACACUCUGCCCGGUAUGGAACGACGCCAUGAUCUUCGCACUGCCCACCCCACAGGACGAUGCCAUGGCGAUGACCCUGACGGUCAUGCACAGGCGUUUGCUGGCUGCUCUGCCGGAUAAGUUUCUGGGUCGUGUCGAGAUCCGCCUGGUCGACGUGUGCCGGGACCAUCAGCCAGGCAACAGAAAGUGGCUGACUCUUGAAUCCAAGCCCAAACAGAAAGUGAAGGACAGAGGGGAGAUGGAAGUCUCAUUCUGCCUGGGCAACCUCCACUCCUACACCCGAGCACACACCCAGCUCUCCUCCAUCUGUCCUGCCAGCGACGGCGGCUGGGGGAGCUCAAGGCUCCGUGGAUCGUCUUCUGUUCAGACGGCGGAGAAAUGUGAGCCAAUCCAGCCAUCUUGCGCUGCAGUUCCAGGACUGGAGCAGGCCCCGCCAUCUGUAGCGGUGCACACCCACGAGCCAGCAGCCAGCCCGGAGUGCGUCAGCAGCAGCAGCGGCCAUGGUGAAUCCCCUGAACACGCUGUGCAGGCUCUAUCUGACCACAGCAGCUUGAACGAAACAACAGCAGCCAAGAACGAAACAACAGCAGCCAAAAUCACUGAUGGCCAAGCAGGAGAUGGCACUCCUCCACAGCAGGUGAAUGAAGAUGGACAUCGCGCGUCCUGUUACUCCAGCAGUGGCACCCAGACUUCCCCUCCACCUGCUCUAGCGAGCCCUGGCAAAAGUGCUGCCGGGUCAACAGGCGAUGAUACUGGACAGCCCAACAAGCUUCAGCAUUGGCUGAGAUACCUCCUAAGGCACCUGCAGUACCGGUGGGGGGGUGGGGCCAACAGGGGAGAAACGCAGCCUCUGCAUGACCCUGAUGCAGUCCCAGAGUCCUCAAUUAGGGCCAAGGGCAUCUCUGAGUCUCCCAGAGGAAUUGCACCAGGGCCCAGCCAAUUCAAGUCAGAGAGGCUAAACGUGCUGUGUGGGUGGGUGGACCAGUGCUUAGGAAGAAUGUGAAUUGGCAAGAAUGUGAAUUGGGAACAUGUGAACAUAUUACAAUUAAGGGUGUCACUGAGACUUGUUUUGAGAGUGUAAACUUUCU